UCACCACCUCCAAUAUACACUACAUAAACAUGACAAAAUAAAUACAAAUUAUGCAUAUGUACUCAUAUUGUAUGAUACAGGGAAACAACAGAGUCUAAUUUGGAUGCAUAACAUGUACAUAGCGAGGCAGAGCGCGGCACCUGGAAACUUCUGCCAGAGUCCCGUUUGAAAUAUGCUUUAAAAUGCUGCAUCGUCCAAUACCGCCUCUCAUUGUAUCCCGCUACUUUUCCUGUUCAUUACACUGCCGUCCUGCCCACAAUAUGCAUUACAUACAUAUAAACAUGCAUACAUACGUACACCAUGGAUGCAUACAUGCAUAUAUGUAUACAUAUACACACAUGGACAAAUAUACCCACACCCAGAGAGAACUUCCCGCUUUUCCGGAUCAAUUGGACCAAGCCAAGAGGGCGGGGAAAUCUUCAGCCAAUCCGUGCUUGGAGGAAAUAAGACGUCAUUUAGAUGCGCCGGGUUUGCUUUACAAGAAGAGACAGUGACAGAAAAGCUUGGGAUAUAUAUAUAUUUUUAUAACGGCUCCUCGAUUUUUCGCGUCGAAGCGAUGUUUCUUUCCACUCCCACCUCGCCUCACACCCCAGGCGGCGGCGGUGGCUCGGGCCGAAGAAGCCUCCGCCCCGGAGGUAAGAAGAGCCAAAUGCUGGUGACCCCGUCAGUCUCUUCCCCAGCCUUCUUCUCGCCGGCAACGAGGAGACACCUCGGUUCCCUCUCUGCGCGGUGUACACCUACAAAGGUUGUACAUCAUCCAACGGGAAGUGAAACUAUCAAUUAUGAUGUAAAAAAGUUUGGUUCCCCUUUGCCGGUAAAAGUUGUAGAGGCUUUGAGAAUGGCUGAUGCUGAGGACGAUUUGAGUAUGCUUCUAGAUGAAAGUGGAUGGGCUUGGCUAGUCCAUAAAGAUAGACUAAUUAUUUGGAAGAUUGGUCAAUCAUCAAUUGCUAAGUGUUCUAUAUGCAAAGAACUUCAGUUGCCAGCAAGUGACUAUAUUUGGACUGCACAUCUGGUAGCAGUAAGCUGUCUUAAUGUUCCUGGUGAAGCAUCUUCUUUACAGUCCCUUGUGGUAAUGGCUGCCACUCGUGAAGGAACAAUACGUUACUGGCCCAGCCUUGUGCAUGAAAGUUCCUAUACUGAGAUGAAUAUGGAUUUUGGCGGUGCUCUUUAUAAUUUUCUUACAGCUGUAAAGGGUGGAAGCUUUAUUUUAUCCUCGGCAAGGAGUCAAUUUAUACGACUUACACCUGAUAGCAAUGGCAAGAUUUACCAACAUGGCUUAGCUGAAGGACAAGGCAUGUUUUCUGGAAUAGGUAGAAAAGUUUCUUCACUGCUUGGGAUUCUGUCACCUAGUAACGAUGAAGAACUUUCUAGUGUUCUUUGGGAUGAAGAUGAUUCAAGAUUUUAUGCUGUGACCAACUCAAAUCUUUAUAAAUGGGAAAUAGACGACAAUGCAGAACGUCAAGUUCUCAGCUGGGAUAUAAACAGAGUACUUAAAGAAAAUAUCAUGGAAUCAAUAUGGGGAUCAGAAAGCAAUUAUGGAGACAUUAAAGAAGAUAUUAAUGUGCAAUAUUUGGAUUUGCAGCAAAAUUGUGAUGGACUAGUUAUUUUGGCUGCAGCCUGGCAUCUUGGUGACACUCCCUGCCUUGUUUACUAUACUUUGAUAACUGUAGAAGAUAAUGGUUAUCCCACAUCUGAUAACGUGAUUGUAGAGGUCACUCAAUAUAACCCACCUUUUCAGCCUGAAGAACCAAUGUGUCAUUUAAUAGUCCCAGAUUUUUCCAGCCAUUUUGCCUGUCUUUAUACUGAAAAUGAGGUGUUUGCUUGUUCAACUGGAACAGGAAGAACCUCUUUGCCACAGGAGAAGAUUAUUUUCAGUGCCCACGGUGAUAAAAUUUUAGGAGCAGGUUAUUCUGCUCAACUUCCCAUUUUUUUUGUUCAAAAAAGCGGACUUGUAACUAUAUGUUCCAAAGAAACCACUUCUUUACUUCCUGAAGACAUUGAGGAUUCUUUAGCCUGCUCUGUAGCUGAGCCCAAUGAUGAGAGCAUUGGUUUUGACAGCUCUUCUAGAAUGGAUAUUGUAGCUCAAGAAGAUAAAACUAAAAUGCUAAAAUCUUCUUUUUUGCAGUUUUGCAGGAAGGAUGUGCAGGGUGCAAAUGCCACAAUUGCUGACCUUUUCCCCCAGCAAGCAGAUUUCGGUCCCGAUGCUGAUCUUGAUAGAGCCGUAACACAAGUCAGUGAAGAAUUAAUAGAUGAUUAUCCUACAUCUGAUCCACGGUGGGCUGAAUCAGUACCUGAAGAUGCAGCAAAUUUUACCAACUCAUCCAUCAUCAUUCUUCACCAGCUGGAUAAUAAGUCACAAGCACAUUCUAUGUACAUUGAUUUUCUUCGCCAAGUUGAUCUCUUUGGACGACUGGAUUGUGUUCAAGUAAGAGGCAUGCCAAUGGCAGCUCGAUUACUACUUUGUGAACAUGCAGAAAAAUUAGCAGCAGCUAUUGCUCUCAAGAACUAUCAUUACAAAUUGCCAGAUCUCGUGACUUGUGCAAUACAGAUUGCUUUGAACAAAAGAGAAUAUGACAUUCCCUCAGGUCUAACACCUGCUGAUGUUUUUUUCAGAGAGGUUUCUCAAGUAGACACUAUUUUUGAAUGCUUACUGGAAAAGGAAAAACAAGUCUUGAAGGAUACAUCGGUUCAGUCUGAGGAAUGGGGUGAAACAGUUGUUGAAGUAAACAAUAUUAUAAAGGAUAUGCUAAAAGCUGCUAUCCAAGAUCGCCAAUCUAAAAUUCCUUUAUAUAAAAUAAGAGAUCCCACUAAAGUUGAACCUGAAUAUGUACCUUGGACAGCAUCUCUUGGUGUGCGAACAACAAUAGUGCAGCAACACGAAAUCAUUCUGAAGAAGGUUUAUCCACAAGCUAAUAGUAAGCUUCGGAGCACCGUGACAGAACAGCUGGUGGCACUGCUGGAUUGCUUUCUGGAUGGCUAUGUUUCUCAGCUUAAAUCUGUGGACCGGCCUGAACAUCAGGAACGUUAUAACAGUCUGCUGGUAGAAUAUGAACAGAAAAGAACAGAAUUAUUGCUACCAUUACUUGUUCUCAAACAAUACCAGCAAGCUGCUGCUCUUGCAGAAAAAUAUUGUGACUUUGAUAUUUUGGUACAACUAUGUGAACAGACUGAUAACCAAAGCAGAUUACAACGCUACAUGACCCAGUUUGCUGAUCAGAAUUUUUCAGAUUUUCUGUUUCGUUGGUAUUUGGAAAAAGGAAAAAGAGGAAAACUGUUAUCACAGCCAAUUGCUCAGCAUGGCCAGUUGGCUAGCUUCUUACAAGCUCAUGAACAUCUCAGUUGGCUACAUGACAUCAAUAGUAAUGACAUGGAUAAGGCUUACAGAACACUCCACAAUUUAGCAAAUACAGAAACAAGAUACUUUGCAAAGAAGAAAACUCUUCUUGGAUUAAGUAAACUAUCUGUGCUAGCUUCCAAUAUAUCAGAUGUGAUGCUUAACGAGAAAAUUGAAGAAAUCAUUGAACAAGAAUGUUUUUUACUGCAUCAAGAAACCCUUCCUGAACCGUUGUUGGCAGAGAAAAAGAUGUCUCUCAAUGAAAUGCCAGUUUUAAGUGCCCCACAGCUCAUUGAGCUAUACAUAUGUGAUGAGAACCAGAAAGCUAAUGAGUAUGACUUCAAAAAGGCACUGGAUCUGCUGGAAUAUAUUGAUCAGGCUGAGCAAGUGGACAUAAAUUAUCUUAAACUUAAAAUACUUUGUAAAGCUCUCCUGAGAGAUGGCUGGUCCAAUUCAGAAGGCAAAGAUGAUCCAAUUGAAGCAUCUAAAGACAGUAUAUUUGUGAAAAUACUACAAAAGCUGAUGAAAGAAGGAGUUCAACUUAGAGAAUAUCUGCCUGAUGUGAAAGAUUUGAUGCAGUCAGAUGAACUUGGACAUUUAAAGUAUAAUCCCUACUUUGAAUUUGUUCUGAAAGCAAAUUAUGAAUUGCAUGUUUUUAGAAAUCAGGCAUGAGAAAUUUUUAAUUUUAGUUAAGCCAGCUUCUUUUUUACAUUGUGCAUUGUUUUUGCAAUAAAGUUUCAAUUCUAACCAAUAACAUGUCUGAUUCAUAAUGAUUAAAAACUGAAGCCAAAUCAAGAAGAUUAUGAAAGAAAGUUGAACAAAACAUAAAAAAUUCUAUAAACAGUAUGUUUCUAAACAGCAAUCCAGCUUCUUACUUGUGCUGCUGUUUUGUAGUGAAUACAAUUGUUUAUACAAUGUGAGAAAUGUUGACUUUUCUUCUUAUAAUAUACACUUAUAUUCUUAAAUAUAUAAAUGACUGAAUUCAAGUGCUCACCAUGUAAUGAAGUUCUAUUACAAUCUAAGUAAUGACAUGAAGGCUAGAAAGUAGUUCUGCAAGUUCUUCUCCUGGAAAUUAUCUUCUCUACUUGAUGUUAGCUUGGUUUUGGUAGUUUACAAUCCACAAUACUUUGCCAUGCUAAUGCAUAAAGAACAGAUGGACUAAUGUAAAUCAAUUUAGUUCUUUAAUCUGACAAAUAUCACAGAAUUGUCCCUACAGCCUGCUCAACGUGUACAAAGUAACUGCAAAACCAAUUUGCAUCGUCUUACUUUUUUAUGUCUUGGCUAAAUGCCUCUAGAAUUUGAUCCAACAGCUGAGAAGGUCAUAAGUUAAAUCAGUUGAAGAGCAUCCUAUGUCCAGUUUUAAAAGUACAGCUACCAUUCCAUGGCUUCCUUUCUUGCUGUGCUUACAGAGCUCUAAGAAUGGAAGAGCCGAAUACAUAUGGAAGAAUAUACUUAUCUCGAAAUGUUCAAACCAAUGUAGAUAAUGUACAAUGCAUUAUCCCUACUGGAAGAUUAAACAGAAUAUCUGAAGUAUGUUGGGAUCUUCAGAAUAUGUGAUUGCCAAAGGAACAGGCAACCUCAAGUUAUUAAUACAAAGUUAAACAUUGAAACAUAGUAAUAAAAUGAAGCUGACAAAUGAUCACAUUUUAUUCUGCUUUUUCAAUUAAAAAGCAGUGAAAAGUGCUCUGGUCUGAUUAAAGUCUCCCUAGAGCUUUUCAUUUCAGUCCAAACUAUAAUUUGCUUUUAUAUAUAAAGUGCUACAUAAUCUGAAUUUUGUAGAAAUUUUCUCUUGAUGCUAACAUUUCCCCAAAAGCUAAAACAGAUUUUCUCUAAAUAUUCAGAAUAAACACCAGGUUCUGAGUACAUGAAAAUGUGUUAUCCGAAUAUUUGUUAAGAGUUUUUUUAUGAGAAGACAUAGCCCUGUUUUUGGCAGUUUACUAAGAAGCUCAUCUCAGUGAGUUCAACAGAAUGUAUUCCCAUGGAGCAUGUAGUGGUAUUAAUGCAAAAUCUGAAUUCUGUGAAAUUAGUUCACUUAAUGAGCAGCCUCUGGAAUGAUGUAGAUACAGGUAUAUGUACAUAUACCAACAGCUGGCAAUUUCAUUCUAAAAUAGUGCUAUUUUUUCUUCCUGAAAAAUGGCUGAAAAUCAUCUGAAUCAAAUGGUCUUAUAUUAAAAAAUACAAAUACGUUUUGGUUUCAGUAGAUGUG